UUCGAUUUGUGGGGGUGAUUUUGGAUAGUAGAAAAACGUUAGGGGUCAAAGCGAAAAUUACCGCAGAAGCCUUAAACCCUAUCUUGGGCAUAAACCCACCCCGUCUUCUAUAUAAUGGCUCAUAGAUGAACCCUAUAAGUUCAGUUCAUACGCCGGAUCUGCUCUUUCUGACCAACAAGAACAUGUCAAAUCCAAAGGUGUUUUUUGACAUACUGAUUGGAAAUGCAAAAGCUGGUAGAAUAGUAUUUAAACUAUUUUCUGAUGUUACUCCAAGAACUGCUGAAAACUUCCGAGCCCUGUGCACUGGAGAGAAAGGCAUCGGAGCCUCAGGGAAACCACUCCAUUACAAAGGCUCAAUCUUCCACCGCAUCAUUCCGGAUUUCAUGUGUCAAGGUGGUGACUUUACAAAGGGGAAUGGAACUGGAGGCGAAUCUAUCUACGGGAUGAAAUUUGCAGAUGAGAACUUCCAAAGGAAGCAUGAUAAACCCGGUCUUCUUUCGAUGGCUAAUGCUGGGAAGAAUACUAAUGGAUCUCAGUUCUUUAUUACCACUGUGAAGACACCAUGGCUCGAUAACAAGCAUGUGGUGUUUGGUGAGGUUAUUGAUGGCUAUAAGGUUGUGGAGGCCAUGGAAAAGGUGGGUUCAGAUAGUGGAAGAACUUCUUCCCCAGUUGUAAUAGAAGAUUGCGGUGAAAUUACUGACGAAGCUGGCUCUAAGUAGGUAAGUAGGUGGAGAAAUAGCCUGAGGUUUAGGGGAAUGAGCAUACAUAUAUAUGAUGGUUCUUUAUUUUUGGUGUUUCAAAUGGAAAAGGCAUAAAUAAAUUCUGGCAGAUUAGUCUUGGUUCUUUGCAGCCAGUCGAACAAUUUGCAAUUAAGAGUAAUCUGAAAAAAUGUGCAGAUCUUUGUAUUCGGGUUAAACAUCAAAGUCAUUCCUUUAUUUUUCUUUGUAGUACUGUUUGUUUAUAAGCACCCAUGUGAGGUGCAUUAUUGUAACCAAGUAUGGAUUUUAGUAUUCCUCGCUGUAGGCACCCCGGAGAAUGAUUCCUUUUCUCUUCAUUGUGCAUUUGGAAGUUCUUUGGAUUUGAAACUAAAACAGAUUAAAUCAUCUGUGUUUGUAAAGGCCUACAGGUGCUUAUGUCAGAAAAGUAACCAUCGGAAGUGUUUGUUCUCUGAUCAAUCUAAAUUGGAAUUUGUGUUGCACAAUGUGUGCUAAGUCAGACUAAUCAUCAGCCAAACCACCAUCUACUUUGGACAAGCAAAUGUUGGUAGCUUCAAAGCAUUUUGAACUUUAAACCACAUUUAGGCCUUCUGAUUUGAUCAUGCUGCAAAGCUCUCUCAAGUUCUCUGUUCUCCUUACCGUGGACUUUCUUGUGGCCAGUGGCAGGGGCAGCAGAUGAGGACCGUCCAACUAACCUGAUGUCAUUCAUAUAGCCUCUUCUCAAUGCAGCUGAAAGCUGAAGUGCAAACUCUGGAGCCUUGUUUGAACUCUGAAAGAUUGGAUUUACAGUCCUUGUGCUUAAGUAGGCUUUUCGAAGACAUUAAAACAAGAGGUUCUAGGAAGUCCAUGUGUAUCUGAGAAUAUUACAAGAUAAGUGAGAACAAAACGAUCAAAAUGAUCAAAUUUACCAAAACUUGAAACCCAAGACCUUACUAGAUGGCGAAGAAGAUGGAAAUAUUUUGAGGUAGUAGUUACAUGACCUACUUGCCGAUGGUAUUCCUGAGUGUUUUUCAGGAACUUCACCCAUCUUUGGGAUGAUGCCGGGGUGGUCAUCACUCAUCUGCAAAGGUGAUACUAGUAAAAACCAUGAAAAUAAUGGCAGUAACAGUUUGGAACAUAAACAAAGUGUCAGGGAAGUUCUUCAGAAGUGUCCCUAUAAAAAUUUAUUCCCAGGGCGAGAACUGUAUGCAAUGAGAUAAUAGUCUGCCAGUCAGUGGUAGGGGAGAUCAAGCUAUAAAAUCAGAGUAAUUCAAACAUAUACAACGAGAGAGAAGGCUUCUGCAGAACAUCUGCCUCACUGAGUCUACCUCUUUGUGGCAUCCCCAUCACUCAGAACCCCAAAGAUCUGCCAACUUAUCUAACACGGCCUUUACUCUGGGAAUCAAAGUUUUUGCAUAUUAUUUCAUGUACCAAAGUAAGUACUCACAAAUUUAAAACUACAGCUCUUUUUUCCCAACCAAUCAUUUCAAUAAGAAUCAACUUGGUUUACUGAGUAGGGAGGAGUGUAUGAUCACACAAGUAUUCUAUCAAGGAUUUUCAUAUAACAGCAAUCAAUAAAAACAUUAUUCACUACCAUCAUCCUGGAGCAUGUCUCUUUCUGAUUGAUACCAAUCACAAAGUUUUGCCAUAGAUCAAAAGUGAUAAUAUUACAUAACAAAGAAAUGAUAUCUGAAUAUCAUCUUUAAGAUUGAUUAUGUUCAUCUAGUAAACAAUGGGAAAGGAUUCUUUUACAAUAUGGCUAACUCAAAACUGAUUACAUCUCAGAAGAUUAUCCUAUGAUACUAAAUGACAUCCCUUUUUGUAUCUUUUAAGAGGUUAGCUUGAACCAUCCUCCCCAGGCAUCAAACAUCCAGCAUAUUUCUUGUAUUGAAGAGCAGUGACAUGUUGCAUUAACCAGCUUCUAGCGACUGUUAAUAAGACAGAAGCCAACCAUCUUGCAAGGGAAUUGAGAAAGAUCCAAAAAAAUCCGAAUUUUUUAAUCCCAUUCUUCAUCACUAAUCUGGUCAUCAUAAUCAUCCCUUGGCGGCCUAACCACCAUAAGUACAGAACCUAAACUCUCCUUGACACUGCUUUCCUUUAAUGCCGAUCCUUUUUCCACCUUUAAACCCUCCUCAGCGUUACCAUUACCACCACCUACAACCAAAUAAAACCCAUCAUCCGCCACCACCUCUUUCGAUCCCCUGUCUGUCACCACCAAAAGGGGCUCAUUUUGAUUCCACUUGCUCGCUUUCCAUGGCAAAACCUUGGAAUCCUUAAAUGCCACAGCUACCCCGCCUCUAUUUAGACCCGCCACUGGCUCCCAUCUUGGUAGCACCACCCAACUCUUCCAUCCUUUCUCUGCCUCCACAACUCCAAAAUCCCCUUUGCUUCCGCACUCCCACGGUGCAUCCUCCACCUCAACUGUCCCACCCUCAGCUCUGCAUACUGGCAGAACCGCUACAGAAGUAGCUUCAGCAACCUCUCCAAUCUUCAUCCUCACGACAGGCACCUUCACUGCUGACACUGCAAGUCCAUCAGUGCCCGCAUCAUCAUCUUUUCCUUCCAAUUCUUCCAAUACCUUUUUACGGGCAGUUUCGGAUUCUAGCGCGUUCAGGGCUUUCUCCAAUGAAGCCCUCCACAAUUCCAAGUCGUUAGUAGCUUUAUGUUCGUGAGCCAACCUAUAAUACAUAUAACCCAAACAAUCCCCAGGAAGUUCAUCAUCGAAACUAUCCCAUCCCUUUUCCCCUUUCCUACGAGGCUUAUCCUUCAUAGUUCUAGCCAAUUCCUGGGUCAUUUUAGCAUCAAAUUCAUUGGCCACCAAAUACUUAGCAGCGGCAGCCCGCUGGGAGGCACUCAGAAGUCUAAUUUCAUACAAAAUUUCAGCCCCAGUGACAUCAAAGGAGGAUAUAAUAUCAUCAUCAACACCAGACUCAAUUAAGGAUUCACGAACCUGAGACGCCACGACGUAGCAGUUCUGCUGCACCCCGGUGAUUCCAGUGAUUUCUUCGAUGAUUGAAGGGGUGAAUCCAUCCUGAACCAAGUCGGGAAUCAAAGGGGCAAACUCAAACCAAAGACCAAGACGGUCAGUGAGGAUUUCAAGUUUGCCAUUGAUAUCGAGAUCACGAAAUUUAAGAGGAAGUGGGGAAGGCGGAGGCCUAAAGGGCUGGUAAAGCUGCCUCUGUUGAGAAGAGGAGGAGGAAGAUGAGGAAGGGGGGAGAAUCAGGUCCUGAACUGAAACGGGUUUUGGGUUAGGAUAUGAAGAACCGUUGGGGAGAAUUAAGGCUGAAAUUGAGUGGGAUUUUGAGUGAUGGGGAGGGAGAGGUUUGUGGAGAUGGAACAGGGGAUGGGAAGGGAGAAAUGGGGUGGAAAGGAAAUGGGUUUUGGGGGUGUUCAUGGUGUACAUGGUGGAAGACAGCAUUUUUGCUGUAAAGCUUGGUUUUGGGAGCUCUGGGUUGAAGGAGGAGGGGAAGUGAUUGAAUUGAACAACCUUAUCCUCUGUUCUUCUUCAUGGCAGCUGAGGAGGAAAGGGGGAAGAAGAUAUUUGCUUUUUGAUAUUU